UCUAGUACGAAGCAUUGUCUGACGUCGUGUUUCAACGCAGCAGGGAAGGUGUGGUUUGUGUGUGUUUCGAAUCAGUGUGCAAAUCAAAAAGUUGUGAACGUCAGAAAACGAGAACGGAUAGUGAAUUAGAAUUUGUGCUAUCAGACAACCGUCUCAACAGCAUUGUUCCAGAAACAUCAAGAUGCUUUUAUCCUAAUCCCUUCACCCUGGUGGCCGCGCGUCUGCUCCGCUUCGGGCGAUCACACAAACUACCGGACUGAACGGUUGUUGCGAAUUGAAUCUGUGCCGCACAGGUGCAGCAGAGAACAGGAAAAUUUUAUCGUGCAAGAAUCAGGACACUAUCCCGCUUUGGUACUUGCAGUGUCGCGUCCGUGAGCGAUUCAUUGUAAUCCUUCCGACUGACAUUUUCUGUCCAGUUUCUAGCAGGAGCAACCAAACGUGGGCUACAACUACCGGAGCAACGUGCGGGAACCAACCAGCUAUCUUUCCACAGCAACAUUCAUAUCUGCAACAACUUCCUCAUUGCAACUACAACUUCAGCCUUUUUGGUCCGUACCGAGCAGCUGCGAAUUGAAUUUUUUCCAGCGACUAUCAAACGCAUUCUCCUCCGUAAGCCGAGUUCCACGAGACAAAGAAGCACCUCCUCCUGCAAGAUGACGAGCGACGCGGGAGUAUCGAAAUCAAAAAAAGAGAAGAAGGAAAAGAAGAGCAAGAAGGAGAAGAAAGAAAAGGACAAAAACAGCGACCAUCCAAGUCCCUCCGCCUCACCUGGGGACGCGGUAAAUGAAAUUUUGUUAUGAUUUUGUUAAAGGAGCUUCGCCUUAUUCUUAUGAAAGAAACUCAGUAAGCGAGGUCAUCUAAUGGAUUUUCUGCACUUUACUGAACAAGAGAACGUGAACUUGUUCUUUCACCAAACCCGCAGCAUUAACCAAAAAUCUCAGGCACCGUCACUUCCGCCCGGUCUCGCCGCCGCUGGCUUAGCCGGCGCGUAUCCACCGUGGGGCGUUGCAGCCGCACCCGGGUGGGACCCGUGGGGACAGGGAUGGCAUCCCGCCGCCGCUUCGGGGCACCACUGGGCCCCUCAUAUGGACCCGAACGCCGCCGCCAUGAUGGCUGCCGCCGCGGCGCACCAGGCCGCCGCAGCAGCCGGGCACCACCUGGUGCCGCCGCACGACGCGGCAAAUGCGCUCUCGGGUGCGUUGGAAAAGGCGCUGAGCAGCCACCUGAGUGGGAGCUCGGAACGCAAAAAGAAGAAGAAGAAAAAGAAGCGCAGAAGCCGUUCGUCCGAUUCGGAGGAGGAAUCGUCGGAGGAAAUAAAAGUCCGCACCAUCGCCAAUCCCUUCGCUCGCUACGGCCACGAAUCCCAGCCACCACCGCAGCAGGGAGCGCAGAUGCCAAGGAGCGGAGAUUACACGAGCGAAAAGCUGGAGGCGAUAGGAAUCCACGAAAAUCCUAUGCGAUUGUCUUCGAUCAGGGCGACUUAUCAUUAUCAGCGGAAGAUGUCAGUGUCAUGCGUGUUUGAGGACUCUAAUGAUCUGUUAACACCGAGAUCUAGAUCACAGGUUACGUGAAAUGUCUACCACCUCUCACCACCUCCUUGGGCUUGGACUUAUGAACUGGAGUUCAAUCCCAGUUUAUUCGCUGAAAGCCGCCACAAUGGUAAUGAUAAUUGGUUUGCAUCCUAUACCAGCAGAACUAGUCGAAGGCCUCCUCGAAUGGGUGGAUGAAAAUAGGGUGAAAACUUUUUUUAGCUUUUUUUUGUCCACUUCAAUCAUGGGUAGACCACGAUUUCCAACAACAGCGUCGGUUACUUAGUUCCUGCUGAUAGUUCGGUGGAGGUCGUUCUUGUACCAAAUUGCAAUAGAAAAAGCCGAGCAUGUGCGUCGUUUGGCAGCGUCUCAUAGUUGGUUCCAGUCCCGACAGAUACAUUCCACAGUUUUUACUGGACAGCGCAAUGCUGGCACAGUAAAAUCUUUCAGUAAAGAAUUCUUUGGUAUAAAACAUCUUUGUGCAAAACGAGAUGGAACCUCCAGUGCGAGUGAGUAAAGGCAUUUGCGCACCAUGCAAGUAUUGACGAGCUUCGACCGUGCAGAUCGUACUGCUGCUGCAGCCGGAAGGAUCUCAGUAGUAGAUAGAUCUCUAUACAUACCUACGUACACAACUGUCCGCCUCGCGUUUUUUCACGGGAGAAGUUACAAGCGCACUGGUGAUUGUAGCUGGAGGAAGGUUUCCUAUGUAUUGAUGAGCACGACGGCGGUUCAGCAAAACAAGUUGUGCGGCGGGCCUUCAUUGUCAUUCGUGAAGCCAACAAAUUUUGCUUUGAAACUGGAGGAGAAAUAAGUACUGAGUGCCGAGGUAGUUGUGGACUGCUAACGUUGAAUCGCAAUCGGGGUGCCACCGCGAGCAUGUUAGAAAUCCGAGAUGAAAAUCAUAAGUAGACCGCAUCCUGUGCCUGCUGCAUUUUUAGUCUGUGCGACUGAUGCAAGUCUUCAUGCCAUGCCCAUGCUUGUAGCUGUAAGUGUGCCUAAUAUGGCCAGACGCAUAUAUCUCUAUUAUGGCGCACGCUUAGCGUGAGACCGACCAAGCUGCCUGUACUAGGGACAAAAGAUUUUGACGUUUAGGCUCUUAUUUAUCUCUAGUACGUAGUUCUUGUAGCUGCUACACCUUUGUACAUAGUCGGUUGUAGCUACUCCACGUCCUCAUGUUUGUGUUGCGUAUUUCCCGGAAGAUGACCACGCGUCAAAAAUGUCAUCGAAAUUCCCCAUCAAUACGAACCUCUGCAGAUCGAUCAAGACGCCUUCGUACGGCUUCGAUGCCUCGUACGAAACUGGGACGAAAGUUGUACUAUAGGAAGAAACAAGUUGUGGGAAAAAUGUAACACAGUUCGUCGUGGUCCACCACUAAAAUUCGAAUGUUUUUUCUGCAGCUGCAAUCAAGUUGUGCUUGUGUGUGCUUCAGUUGUUUUGCAGCCACACCACUGCAAAGCCAGAGCCGUUGAGCUUUUGCAUUAUUGGCAUCUGAAUUGCCAUUGCAACGAGCAGCUGACGCCGUAAGAUUCCUCGAAAGUAAAACUUGUUCCCUGUGCUCCUUUCUUUGCCCUUCAAUACCGCACGGUGGAGUACCAGCACAAAAUCAUGGUAAAAGGCCCGGUUGGGGACGUCGCGAACCCGGCCAACGUGCUGAUCGCGCGUAUACGCGAUAUGCUCAAGCACCCGAUCCUGGGAGCGCCGAGACCGGGGAAGAAGGCACAGCCAACGCUAGAAGAGAAAGAGCACCUGGAGGACAGUACACGUUUGUUAUACGCGGUUUUCUUCUGAAUCUGAUUGAUUUACUUAUUCCGAGCUGCACCUUCCUGCCUGUUCAUGCGAGUACUAGAUUGGACGUUUCCGCUUCGCUAUCGUGCUUGAAGAGAUUUGUAGUUGUGCCGACAUUUCUAUCGGUACCACGUUGAUGUAGUUACUCAUAAGUUCAAAAAAAAUGACACCAGUGCGCGCACUGGAGAUGCAGGCACGAAACAACUACCAGCAAGAGAACCAGAAUCAGAGAAUGAGACAGCGAUACGACGAAAGAGACGGAAAAGGCGGAAAGAGGUAUACAUAGUAAUCAUCUGCGUAUAAAAAUCCUUUUCCAGCACCUUCAUGGACGGCUUUCUUCAUGGUCAUUGAUUUGGUUUUUGGAAAAAGUUAGUGUCGUAGAUGUACAAAGUAAACGUUCUUCCUCUCAUCUUACCCCGACUCGUUUAGGUAUGACGGCUACCACGACCGUCCGUACGGCAAGUGGGGCCGCGCUGCCGCCUCGCCAGAGGUGAUCGGGCCGAGUUUAUCGGAGCAGCAAGAGAAGCUGUCCCAGCGGGGAGGCAGCGGCAAGUACAAUGGCGGAAAAUACGGCAAAGGCGGAGGAGGACGGCACAAGGACCACCAGCGAAGUAUUGGAGACUACAACCACAGCAACGGCGGUGGAGCAUCAAACCAGCAGAACCUAGCGCUGACCAACGUCGUCGACCCCUCCAUUGACGCGCGACACGCCCCCCAGUUCGUGCCAGCCACGGCCGCACAACACUCGUCCACCUUUCCUCCCGGAGGAGAGAGCGUGCAUCCCCCGCACCAGAUCCAUAUGGGCGGCGCAGGUGUUGUGCCACCAGCACACCAGCAGCAACCCGGGGUAGUGAUGAUGCAGCAGCACCAGCAGCACAGUAUGAACACCGAGCAGCCGCAGCGCGAAUCCACGCCAACGACCACAUCGAAUGGGCAGGCCAUGCCGUACGGCUUCGGAAAUACCACGGUGAGAGGACAAACGACGCCACGGAACCACAUACACAGCAACCUCCCCGGCGGCGGCGGACAGGGGCACCAGUCCUUUGCCACCAAUGGCGGGUUUGUUCAUCCACAACACCAUGUACUUCCGCACGACCAGGUAGGACAUCAUCUUCCGCAGCACCACCCGCCACCAAUGGCGCACUUUGGUGGACCUCCUCCACCAGAGAUGACCGGCCCGCCGCAUCACCAGGGCGGGUAUCGUGCGCACCAACAGGGUGGAUACCACCAGGCACCUAGUGGCGGUGGUCCAUACGGAAAGGGCUUUGCACCGGUUACCUUCGCGGAUGUUCGGGGGGCGUGCUAACGGAGCAGUCUUGAGCGAGGACUACAUAGGAUUUUUCUAGUAGUGCGGUGCCUGUGCAAGUAACAUACAUGGAGGACCAUUAACACGCAGCACUACAACCUGACGAGCGACCUUUUGGGAUUGGAAACGACCAAUGGAAACGAAUAUAAAUAGUUUUUUCCUCGAAAACGAAAACGAAAUGAACCUGAUGAACCAGCGAUGAGUAUUCGCCCGGCGACCGCGCGACUGUUGCGACGUCAAUUGUACGCCUGCACGGCAACUACGUCCAAAACUCAACGAAUACUUCGUUAUUUUCAUCUGAGAGCGUCUUCUUUCGGCGACAAGGGCAGAAGCAGUAGCGCAUGUUAUCUAGUACAGCGAUAUAAUUGUGGCGCUUUUCAUUUAAGACGAACGACUACGACCACUUUCUGCUUGCGGCGAAAAGUACUCUGCGCUCUACGGUGGCUGACGGCAUCCGCGACUCUCCUGCGGUGGUCCACAGCAGCUACUUACUCUUAAAGCAGCACCACUACCUCUUGAGCACGCAGGACAUAGACUCAGGGAAAGUUGAAACACUUUUAAGCAGUGCGAGGACCACGUCAGUGUUACUGAGACUUUAAGAUGGAGCACACCAGGACUCGACGGGCUAUCGGGACGCUCUCCCCGCACUGAUUACGUCUUGUCGCUGCUCAGAUUGAGCGUCAACAUUUACAU